UUUCCAUCAGCAAAAACCACGCUCCAAACCACAACGCGCCCUCUCUCUCUCGCUCUCUCUUUCUCUCUGCUUCUGAGUUCUGACUGUCUCCAUGCAUUGUAACCGUGCCACAGUUAACUAACGGCAACGUAAAAUGAAGCCCCACAUAAAAGGAGGCUUCGCCUGUAGACCACCACCGCCGUGCAUACGUGGCUCCCCUCCAACAGACUCGCCCCUUCGCCGCCAAUUUGCUUCCAAAAAGUUCCCGCGCCACUUCACCCUCACAAUCCAUUGUCGGCAACGCGCCGGCUCCGAUUCUCCUUCUAAUGGUCAAAAGCAAAUCGUAAGCAGACGUCUUGUGUUGCAGACUCCGCUUCUUGCUCUCGCUGCCUCCUCCUUCUUCCAAUCUGCUGCGUCCAAAGCCGAUGAACUCAACAAGCCUUCAGAGUCUUCUUUAUCUACUCCUCCUCCUCAGUCGCAGCCGCUGCCGUCUGUGGUGGAAGCUGAGAAGAAGGAGCCGGAGAUAACUUCGCGGAUUUAUGAUGCGACGGCAAUAGGUGAGCCGAUGGCAUUGGGGAAGGAUAAGAGCAAAGUGUGGGAGAAGCUAAUGAAUGCGAGGAUUGUGUAUUUAGGAGAAGCGGAGCAAGUGCCAGUCAAAGACGAUAAAGAAUUGGAGCUUGAAAUUGUUAAGAAUUUGAGAACACGGUGCGUUGAGAGCGAAAAAAUCAUUUCAGUAGCUAUGGAGGCGUUUCCUUGUGACUUGCAGCCGCAGCUUAAUCAAUAUAUCGAUGGAAGGAUAGAUGGAGAAACCUUGAAGUCUUGUUUGUCAAAUUGGUCACCUCAGCGAUGGCAAGAGUAUGAGCCUCUAUUGAGUUAUUGUCGCGAUAAUGGAGUUGGGAUUGUUGCUUGUGCUACUCCGCUUAAGGUGGUACGAACAGUGCAAGCUGAAGGUAUUCGUGGGCUUUCAAAGGCUGACCGUAAACAAUAUGCUCCUCCAGCAGGCUCAGGUUUCAUCUCAGGAUUCACUUCAAUUUCCCGCAAAACAAUUGAUCUGAACUCUCCAAAUCAAUCUGUUCCAUUUGGACCAAGCUCAUAUUUAUCUGCACAAGCAAGAGUAGUUGAAGAUUACACUAUGUCCCAAAUUAUUUUACAAGCAGUGGUUAAUGGAGGAGCGACUGGUAUGCUUGUAGUGGUGACAGGUGCAAGCCAUGUUAUGUAUGGUUCAAGAGGUACUGGAGUGCCAGCACGAAUUUCAAAAAAGAUACAAAAGAAGAACCAAGUAGUUAUAUUACUUGAUCCUGAAAGGCAAUCCAUACGCAGAGAGGGAGAAGUUCCUGUUGCUGAUUUUUUAUGGUAUUCUGCUGCCAGACCCUGCAGCAGAAAUUGCUUUGAUCGUGCUGAAAUUGCUCGAGUAAUGAAUGCAGCUGGCAGGAGGCGCGAUGCCCUACCCCAGGACAUUCAACAAGGACUUGAUCUUGGUUUAGUAUCACCAGAGGUACUGCAGAAUUUCUUUGAUAUGGAGCAAUACCCUCUUCUUAAGGAACUUGCUCAUCGUUUCCAGGGUUUUAGGGAGAGACUGUUGGCAGAUCCCAAAUUCUUGCAUCGGUUAGCCAUAGAAGAAGCUAUAUCAAUAACCACGACCCUUUUAGCACAAUAUGAGAAGCGUAAAGAAAAUUUCUUUGAAGAGCUUGAUUAUGUAAUUACAGACACAGUCAGGGGAACGGUAGUUGAUUUUUUUACUGUUUGGCUUCCUGCUCCAACUCUAUCAUUUCUUUCAUAUGCUGAUGAGAUGAAUGCCCCUGACAAUGUGGAUGCAUUAAAGGGUCUCCUUGGAUCCAUCCCUGACAAUGCGUUUCAAAAGACACUUCCGGGGAAGGACUGGAAUCUUAGUCAUAGAUUUGCAUCUGUUCUUAUUGGUGGUCUGAAGCUUUCUAGUGUUGGAUUUAUCUCCAGCAUUGGGGCUGUAGCUGCCUCAAAUAUUUUAUAUGCAAUUCGCAAACUGAUCAACCCAGCUUUGGCUAUGAAUCAACAAACAAAAAGAUCACCAAUACUUAAAACAGCAGUUAUUUAUAGCUGCUUCCUUGGAACGUCAGCAAAUCUGAGAUACCAGAUUAUUGCUGGUCUGAUCGAGCAUCGCAUUUCUGAUGAAUUUUCUUCUCAGACGUUACUUGUAAAUAUGCUUUCAUUUGUUGUUCGGACAAUAAACUCCUACUGGGGAACACAGCAAUGGAUUGAUCUGGCUCGCUUUUCUGGACUGCAAAGUCAGAAGACUAGUCCAUCCUCUUAUCAAAUGCCAGAUUCUGUUAGUGAAGCAGCAGUUGGAUGCAAUUCUGCAGAAGAUGCUAGCAUUGAUGAAAUCAAGAAUCAGUAAGGUGAUUCUUUCACUUCAACAUUGUCAUACUAAGUUGUAUUCUUCCAAAGCCGUUGAGAAAGAACUGAAGGAAGUGGAUUUCAAUUUGUUUGUUUAUAUCUUCGAUGACCUUUAAAGCAGAAUUUUCAAUAUAGUUCUUUCAAAUUUUGGUUAAUAUGAGAUCAGCCCAGUAGAUCAGUCGCAUGAUAAGCAGACAAUACAAUUUUUCGAUUCAAAGUGUAUGUAAGAACUCCAGCGGUGCUUAUUUCAAUGGAAUAAAUUGCAUAAUACUUGGGUUUUUUUUUUUA